AUGGAAUCCAAGAAGUCAAACAAAAUUAGAGAGAUCGUAAAGCUUCAACAAAUACUCAAGAAAUGGCGAAAAGUUGCUCAGGCAUCAAAACAAGCCAACAACAACAAGAUUAACAACGAGGAAGACGUGAACAACAUCAACAAAACUGGAAGUGGAAGUGGAAGUAAGAGCAUUAAGUUUCUGAAGAGAACACUCUCCUUCACAGAUGUAACAGCUGUUCCUAAAGGUUACCUAGCUGUCUCGGUGGGGAAGGAGGAGAAGAGAUACAAGAUACCAACGGAGUACCUUAGCCACAAAGCUUUCCAGGCGCUGUUGCGUGAGGCAGAAGAAGAGUUUGGGUUUCAACAAGCUGGUGUGCUGAAGAUUCCUUGUGAAGUUGCUGUGUUCGAGAGCAUUUUGAAGAUAAUGGAGGACAACAAGACUGAUCCGUACCUGCCCACACAGGAGUGCAGGUUCAAUGCGACGACGACUGAGGAAGUGAUAAGUUAUCGUCAUCCUUCGGAUUGCCCUAAGACUCCAUCUCAUCAACCUCUCAGUCCAAUGUGUAGAUAG